AUGACAUCAACCUUACCGCAAAACCAAGAGCCCCCCUCCGCGCGAGAGGAAUCUCUCCGCCUAUUGCCCUCAUCUGGCGCCGUCUCCACCAGGACGGCGGAGCCCGACGAGGAGGCGGCGUUCGAAGCCGGCGAGAAGAUCCCGAUCUGCGGCGACGGAUUCGAGCUGGACUCCUCGGAUUGCUCCGCGGCGCCGCCGUUCUCGUUCCGGAAGCUGUGGCUGUUCACGGGUCCGGGAUUCCUGAUGAGCAUAGCGUUCCUGGAUCCGGGGAAUUUGGAGGGCGAUCUCCAGGCGGGGGCCGUCGCCGGGUACUCGCUGCUGUGGCUGCUGAUGUGGGCGACGGCGAUGGGCCUGCUGAUCCAGCUGCUUUCGGCGAGGAUUGGGGUGGCGACGGGGCGGCACCUGGCGGAGCUCUGCCGGGAGGAGUACCCGUUUUGGGCAGGGAUCGUGCUGUGGUUCAUGGCGGAGGUGGCCCUCAUCGGGGCGGAUAUUCAGGAGGUGAUUGGGAGCGCCAUUGCGAUCCAGAUUUUGAGCCGCGGUGUGCUGCCAAUUUGGGCUGGUGUGCUAAUUACUGCUUCUGAUUGCUUUAUGUUUUUACUUCUUGAGAACUAUGGAGUGAGGAAGUUGGAAGCUGUGUUCGCAGUUCUGAUUUCGACUAUGGCUCUAUCGUUUGCUUGGAUGUUUGCGGAUGCCAAGCCUAGCAAAACCCAACUUUUAAUUGGACUCUUGGUCCCAAAACUCAGCUCGAGGACAAUCCGCCAGGCAGUAGGCGUCGUGGGGUGCGUGAUAAUGCCACACAAUGUGUUUCUACACUCGGCCUUGGUACAGUCGAGGGAAAUCGACCCCAGAAAGAGUGGUCAAGUCCAAGAGGCCCUCAACUACUACUCGAUUGAGUCCACCGCCGCACUCGCAGUCUCCUUUAUGAUCAACUUAUUUGUCACAACCGUCUUUGCGAAGGGAUUUUUCGGAAGUGAACAGGCAAGCAGUAUAGGCCUUGUUAAUGCGGGCCAGUAUCUGGAGGAAAAAUAUGGUGGUGGUAUAUUUCCAAUACUUUACAUAUGGGGGAUAGGGUUAUUAGCAGCUGGGCAGAGUAGCACUAUCACAGGAACUUAUGCUGGGCAGUUCAUAAUGGGAGGUUUUCUCAAUUUACGGCUUAAGAAGUCGGUUAGGUCUCUGAUCACAAGGAGUUGCGCGAUUGUGCCAACUAUGGUGGUGGCUUUGAUUUUUAAUAAAUCCGAGUCAUCUCUGGACGUGUUGAAUGAGUGGCUUAAUGUGCUGCAGUCGAUGCAGAUACCUUUUGCGCUUAUUCCACUUUUGACCCUGGUGUCGAAGGAGGAGCUGAUGGGAGUAUUUAAGAUUGGCCCUGUGCUUGAGAGGGCUGCUUGGACGGUAGCUGCACUAGUGAUGGUGAUUAAUGGAUAUCUUUUGUUCCAUUUUUUCGUCUCUGAAGUUAAUGGGCUGUUGUUUGGCUUCCUAGUCUCUGCUGGAACUGCAAGUUAUGUAGCGUUUGUGGUAUAUCUUAUUUCGCGUAGCAAUAGUGAGCUUUCCAAUUGGAUAAGCCAAUUUGUACCUAAGAGAUUCACUAAUCCUGGAAAUUAG